AUGGGCGACUUCCGGGCCGAGAAGGAGGUGGUCUUGGCUGCCGUGCAGCACACGGGCAUGGCGCUGUAUUAUGCUUCCCCGGCCUUAAGGGACGACCUCGAGGUGGUGAUGGCUGCUGUGGAGCAGCACUGGAUGGCUUUACAGUAUGCCUCGGAGGAGCUCCGCGACGACUUCGAUGUGGGUCUUCGCGCGGUGAAAGCCAAUGGCUUAGCCCUCCGGGAGACCGGCGCCUUGGAACGUCCGCGUCCGUCCUUUCCGCCGGUUGGACCACAGUGCAAAGACAAUGCCAACCUCGUGAUGGAGGCGGUGAGCAACGAUGGCCGGGCGCUGCAAUAUGCCUCGGAGAAUCUGAGACGAGACAACUUCGUGGUCAUGGAAGCCCUGAAGCAUGAUCCAGAAGCCUUGGAAUUCGCAGACGAGGAGUUGAAAGACUCAUUGGAGGUCAUCAUGCCUGCGCUGCGACGGGAUGGUGCCGUGCUGCGCUUCCUGCCGGACGCGAUGCGCGACAAUGGGGACGUGGCCUUGGACGCGGUGCAAACCUGCGGAUUGGCGGUGGCCUAUGCCAGCCUCCGCGUGCGCGGAGACAAGGAGGUGAUCCUGGCAGCGGUCCGUGCAGAUGGUUUCGCCUUGGCCUAUGCGACGCAAGAGUUGCAAGGCGACGAGGACGUGGUGGACGCCGCGUGUGGCGAAAACCCCUUGGCGCUGCAGUACGCUUCUGAUCGCUGGCGCUGCGAGAAGGACUUUGUGAAGGGUGUUGUGGGCAACGACGGCUUGGCCUUGGAGUUUGUUUCCGGUGGCCUUUCCAACGACAAGGAGGUCUGCAUGGAAGCGGUCUCGAACACCGGCGCGGCGCUCAUCCACUGCUCGGCGCAGCUGCGCGACGAUGACGACAUCGUGCGCACCGCGGUGAACAAUGACGGCUUGCAGUUCUUGCACGUCUCUCCACGGCUUCGGCAUGAUCGAGACUUGCUCCUCUUGGCGGUGAAGAGGUCGCCCAGAGCACUGGCUCAUGCUCUGGUGGAUCAGAUUCAUGAUCAGGAGGUGGUGCGUACCGCUGUAGCGGGUGAUGGCAUGGUGCUGGUUUGGGCGCCUGAAGAGCUGCGAGACGACGAGGAGGUGGUCUACGCAGCUGUCGCCCAGAAUGGCCUCGCACUGGAAUAUGCCAGUGGCAGGUUGAGAUCCAAGUGCGAGAUCGUCCUCGCUGCCUUGGGUCAAAACCCAGAGGCCUUCGUCUACGUGAUGCCCGGCACGCGCGACGACGUGCGCUUGAUGGCCUUGGGCCAGGCACGACGGCCAAAGCUGCAAGAGAUGCUGGAGGAACGGGAGACUGGAACGCUGAAUUGGGGUGAUCAACGGGGGUUUAGUGAGGAAACGCUGGGGAAGGAACUGCCAACGGCGCUACGGAUGGCUUCGGCCAGGCUGCGUAUGUUCGUGGAGCCGCUGCUGCAGGAGCUGAAGAUAUCCUGGCACGACGCCCGAUGCGUCUUCCAUCAGUUCAGCACGCUGGAGGACGAGGGGGAGCUACAGCCCGCCAUCGAUGAGCCCAAAGCAUUCUUAGAGAAGCUGAGACGGAGGGAAGAUGAGAUGAUCGGUCACGCCUGGGCCAUUGCCUCUGCACGCUUCAGCCUCGAACCCUUGGCCAUGCAGCAGAAGCUCGGCAAUUGGGAGGAGCUGGUGCCAGUGAUGCUGAGCUGUGUUGCCAAAGGCCAAAGUGCCUGGAGCGUCUUGGAUGGUGAGAUCACCUUGACGCCAGCGGAGCUAAAGGCUCAAUUGAAGGUCAUGAGCGAUUUGGAGUUCUUAGGCUUGCGACCUGCAGAAGGCGGGGUUGAUUUGACCAACGACCAGGAGCUUCAGCCAGCUGAAAGGUCCAGCCCUUCUGAGCCCCUGGAGACGCGGCAGGAUCAGACACAGGAGACCGUCUCGCGAACCCAACAGAUGGAGGUGAAUGAGUUGAGCACCUUGCAGCUGGGGCCAUUUGAGGCCGGGGUCACCUGUGAGAUUCUGAGGGCUUGGUACGGUGUAGCAGGUGAUGAAAGAUAUGAAAGGAGGAGAAUUGACGCCACAAUUCAUUGUCGAAACGAAUGGAAUCCUACAAGAGGCUUGACCUUGUCCAAUUACAACAAGCUCUUCGGGGAUCCGGCACCGCUUCGGCCCAAGAGAAUGUUCGUGGAGUAUCGCCUCAGCAACCUGCGCUCGUGCGAUGUGGCCAACACACGCUACGAGAGCCGAUUGGCCUUAGCGCCGGUCAUCGCUGCUAAGGCCGUCACGAACCUGGUGGGUGUGGGUGUGGCCGGAUUCGGCUAUGCGGUGGGCAAGGUGACCACCACGGUGCAAAACACCUUGGGCUCGGACACGGAUGCUCAUCACGUCGCCGACUCCUGGGCCUUCCAAGCAGCUUUCAGCGCAUGGCUGAAGUGCAAUGGAAUCGUUCCAUCUGUCAGCUUCGAGCCGAUUCCGGCCGUGCCAGGCCGACCAAAGUUUGUGGCAGAGGACAUGCGACAAACGCCCAUCAUUUUGUGCAAUCACGUGUGCUACUUGGAUGGGAUGGUUUUAGCUUCCGUCUUCCACGGGCCCAAGAUCAUUGCCAUGAAGGGCACUUUGAAUGUCCCGGUCAUUGGCGUUUUUGCGAAGGACAUCGGCGUGAUCGAGGUGGACCGAUCAGAUCCCAAAUCCCGUGCGGCCACCAUUAAGGCCAUUGAGGAUCAUGUGGCCAACUGGCAGCCAGGGCGACAGCCCCUCUUGUUGUUCCCUGAGGGUACGACGAGCAAUGGGCAAGGCCUUUUGGAGUUCCGGAAGGGUGCCUUCGUCCCGGGCGUCCCCGUGCGGCCGGCAGUGCUUUGCUACACUGGCAGCUGGGAUCCCGCCAACACCAGCUACCGGGAAACCGAUGGGAAAAUCCAGGCAAUUGGGGACACCGAGUGGGCCGAGCAGUUCCUCGGCCACAUUUUUCACUCCUUGCAGAUCCGGGUGUUGCCACCCUACGAGCCAUCGGAGGAGGAGAAGGCUGACCCCCAGCUCUACGCCUCCAACGUCCGCAAGGUCAUGAGUGAUGCGCACGCAGAGCUUCGGAAGGAGGUGGAACUAAAAGCCAAGCAGCACUCCAUUCAGGCCUUUGCGCAGAAGGGCGUGGACUUCGUGGAGGACCUCAGCACCGGCGUGGUCAACGGCAUGUCCUCGGUGAUCCAAAAGACCCGCGACAUUGGCAGCCUCGGCGCCGUGUCUAUCUUAUCAAAUGGAAUUCUUCAGACCGCUCCUGGUUGA